GAUGUCUAUUCCCCUGCUGAAGUAUGUUGAUCGGAACAAUGCUAUCUCUUUCUGGAGCAUUUCUAGAGCUACUCAACUGAGUGACAGAUUGUGCAUUGCAUCUGAGAAGAAGUGCAUACCUAGCUCUUGGUUUUCCUGAAGACACAAUUGCUGGCUUCAGACAUUCCAUUCAUACACCCUCCAGAUGCAAGCUUUCCUACAGUCUCAUCGCCUCUAACCGUUGACAAUGCAAUCUUGCUUUUGCAAUGGAUACAGAGUCUCAAGUCAAGAAGGUACAAUUACCGGCUAAAUUUCUGGCUUGUGUAAAACAGGGAAGUUGGCUUAGGACAUCAGUUGGGUACAAGCCACCAAAUCAAUCAUUUCUGUCCAGUUCUGAGUGGGGAGUUCUUUUGCAAAGUGGCUCCUCGUUUGUUGAUAUACCGAUGGUUGACCAAAAGUUCUAUCAAAACAAGCUGCAUACAGGGAGGAACUCAAGGCGAUUGGAGUUAGAUUUGAAUUUCAGGAGGCAUCAGCGUACAUCGGCAGCCGCCUCAUGUCUAUGGCUGCAAGCAAUACGCUGAUCAGAGAGAAUGUGUACUCACUCCUUCGGCUGAUUCGGUUUCUUCAAGAGAAAGUUCUAUCUCCAAGCGAACUCAUCAACAGUGUCAAAGAUGGACAGUGGAUGAAGAGUACUCUCGGCUACAGGUCUCCAAUUGGUUGUAUCAUCUAUGAUUCAGGCUGGGCAGUUGCAUCCUGUAUCAGUAGCCAGCCGUUCCUUGAUGUCAAGUUCUAUGGCGACGACAUCCUUACCUACAAACCACAGCUCAACUUUCUCGGUGUUCUUGUUGAAUUUAAAGACAGCUACAAACUUGUGAUUGAUAAUUUCAAGUUCAGUUCGGCUGCUAUUACUCCUGAGGCUACUGUGCUAAUCCUCAAAUGUAUCCAGCAUGUGAACUCAUGUGAUGCCUUCAUAAGGAAGAUCAAAGAUUUAAAAUGGGUGAAGACCAGUGUGGGGUUCCGUGCUCCUAAUGAAUCUUUUCUUGUGGAUCCUCGAUGGGAGUGCCUUCUAAAGGUCUUUGAUGGGGUUCCUGUAGUUGAUUUCAGAUUUGAUGGGAGUAAGAUUAGUCCCUACAAAACAGAGUUGGAGAAGACCGGGUUGAUAACAAAAUUGGAGGCGGCAUCAAAGGCUAUAGCUCACUUGUUCAAGCAGAUGGUUCUGAACUCAUCACUUCCAAAGGCGAGUGUCCUAGCCCUGCUAGCAUGUUAUCUGCAGCUGAAAACACAGGGCGCACUCCCUGUCGAGCUUUUCAGUUGCAUGCUGAAUGAGAAGUGGUUGCGUACAUCGUUCGGUUUCAGAUCUCCCAAAGAUGCAAUCUUGUUCAAUGCAGAAUGGCAGUGUCUAUCAUCAGUAGCAGACUUACCUUUCAUAGAUGACGGUGACUCUCACCAAGGUUUAAGCAAAGAAAUACAUGGUUAUAAAGAUGAGCUCAAGAAUUUAGGUGUUACUACUGAAGUGAAAGCUGGUGCUAGGUUUGUCAUCAAUGGCAUCAACAUUCCCAAGGAUCCUUUACACUUGUCUGGAGCUAGUGUCUUGUCAUUGCUCAGGUCCAUUCGGAGCUGGUUGGCUUCUUCAAGUAACUUCCCAAAGGGCUUUCUAGAGAAAAUCAAAGGAUGCAGUUGGUUGAGGACAAAAGUGGGGUUCCAAUGUCCUGAUGAGUCGAUCCUGUUUGAUCCAAAGAAUUCUCCCAUUCGCAUAGAAGAUAGCCCUUUCAUUGAUGAAGCAUUCUAUGGCUCAGAGAUAGCCUCAUUCAGAGACGCCCUUGCGGCAAUCGGAGUAUCUGUGGAUGUUAGACACGGACAUGAGCUUGUUGCUCGACAUCUGAAAAGCCACAAAAACAGGGCUACUAUUUCUCGUAUUUACACGUACCUUAAGGAGUGCAAUUGGGAGCCUGCAAACAAGACGAGUGAUUGGAUCUGGAUACCAAAUAAAAAGAAUAGUGGAGAGUGGGUGAGCCCUCUGGGUUGUGUUCAUGAUAAGGACAACCUUUUCAGCCUGCAGCUGCAUGUCUUGGACAAAUAGUAUGACAAGAAGUUGCUGGACUUCUUUUCACAUGUUUUUGGUGUGAGGAAUGGUCCUAGCGCUGAAGAUCAUUGAAAUUGUGGAGCACAUGGGAGAGCACUGUCAGAUGCGCUAUCUCUAGCUGACUGCUCUGUUUUCUGGCAGUUCAUUGCCAAGAACUGGAGCAAAAACACGGAGAAGCUUCUUUCUGCUUGUGUCAAGGUUCUGGUUUGUACCGAUGGAACUAUCGUUCUGUCAAAGAAAGAGGAUGUGUUUAUUCCUGAUGAUCUACUUCUCAAGGAUUUGUUCGACAAGCUUCCUAACCGGUCAUUGUUCAUAUGGUAUCCAUCUUCAAGCCUGCCUUCCAUGUCUCAAGCAAAGCUGAACAACAUCUACGGUAGCAUUGGAGUCCAAGCAAUAUCCAAAGCUGUUGGGAAGAAUGAUUCACUCACAUUGGAAAAUGUCAGCCCAACAAAAGCUGCUCGGGGUAAGGUCAUCAAUGUUGGUGAUAAAACUGGUCCUUGCUUUUCUUGCCGAUCCUGCUCUCGACAUUUCUGCUGAAGGGCGGCACAAGAUAGUUUCCUGCCUGCUCAAUGUGACGGUGCUAGAGACCAGUGAGCCAAUCACGGUGGGAUACAACGUGAAGCUGUCCUCUGGGGCCGUUUUGGAUGUGAAGGCCACACGGAAGCUCCGGUGGGAGAGGGAGAGCUCGAAACUGUACAUGCAGAAAAGCAAGCGUGCACCAGGCUACAAGGAGAAGUUGGAGUUCGCAACGAACUUUGCGGAUGAGAUAUCCCAGGACCCAGGGGCUGCUCUUCGAGAAGGCAGAUCAGAUCCCUUUGCUCACGGAGCUCAUUAAAAUCGGCAGUUUGAUGGACUUCCACGGUGCCACUGUCGAGUACCUUCUGAAAUCAAAAAAUCUGCAGCUGUUCCCUGAAGACGAUGAAUUCCUUAACACUGCAUCCCUAGGUCGUAGCAGGAACUGUUAGUGAUCUCUGGAGUUGCUCUUGCGCAUGCCAACACAUGGG